AUGAGUCCUCCUGUGCGUGUGGCGGUACAAGGAGCAUAUCUCGUGGCAAUUUUCUUCACAGGAGUGACAUUUGGAGCGCUUUCCAUUGUGUUCAAAGAAUUGGCCGAAGGGCUUGGAUGCCUUCUGGGAGGGUUCUGCGUCAGCAUGUGGCUUCUUUGCCUGAGGCCGGGAGGACUUCUCACGGACACAAACGCCAAAGCUGGGUUUAUCGGUGCGAUCUCUGUCGCAUUCUACGCCUUAUCUUUUAGUCAUCACACGCGCCCUUAUGGGUUGAUAGUGUCAGCUGGCGUCUCGGGAGGUACAGCUGUUGCCCUGGGGAUCGACUGCUACAGCAGGGCUGGACUGAAAGAGUUCUGGCUCUAUAUAUGGGGACUCAACGAAGAUGUAUUCCCGUUGGGCACCGGAACCUACCCAAUCACUCGCAAUAUCCGGGUAGAGCUUGCGGUCACAGUGAUUGUUGCUAUCUUAGGUGUUGUGUCGCAGCUCAGACUGUGGAAGGUGAUCAGAGAGAAGCGAAGUAAGGAGGAAGCAGCCAAGGAAGAGGAAGAGAAGAGGAAAGAAGAGGCCGAAGCUGAAGUUGCCCGCAGACUCGAGGAGAAUAACAUGCGGGAAAGACAAGCAUGGGAAACUCAAUACGCGGAUGUGGAAGCAAAGCUCAUGCCGGAGCUUGGAGACGGCACUCAAUGUGCUGCUGAUAAGGAGGAUCUUGAGAAAGGUGACGUGGCCGACGUCAACAGCAUUUCCGGUUCAUCCCAGGUCUCCUAUCGCUGCUCUGACUGUAGAAAACAGGAUGGUAGUGAGGAUUCAUUCUCAGAUGUGACUCAGGCUACGGGAAAUACUGAAGUCGAAAGACAUGGAGACACAACUGAGAAGACAACUGAUGGCGCAUAUCCAAUGCCAUUCAAGGUCUUUGACGGGGCGGCCGCGGCGAGACUUAUAGAUGAUAAGGAAUCUGAUGUGACUGCCAUGGCUGGCUCAGACACCGCGACGGUACGCUCGAAGCGCUUCUCCGGAAUGACACUCUGGAAGAGGACGUCUGUACAGAGCAGCCUGAGACCUGCACCAUCACAAGAAGCCCUAGCGCAUAUUGAUGACGAGUCGUCGGUAUCUGCACAAAGCGCUGUGGAUGACAGCACUGAUAGAAGCUCGGAUUGUCAUGGCGUUGAAAUUGAAUCGCACGAGGAUGCGGUCAAGGCUCGCUUGGAGCCUAAAAUAGCAGUGCAAGGAACUGUCAUUCCGUCUGACAAACGUAACAGCAACGUGGAAGUUGAAAAAGGUGAAGGAAUCGACGGUGAAGAGGAAUGCCUCGCCAACCAGGAAUCAGUCCUUGCGCAAGAAGCAGAUGCUCACGGAGAGGAGGAAGGCUUGCGCAAUGUGGAAGGAAGAGACACUUCUGCAGACGGCAAGAUAGAGAAGCAAUUGAAAACAGAGGCUCAGGACGUUGGCCAGAACGAAAGUCAUCCAUCUGAUAACGGGGGAAGUUUGCAAGGACUUGAGUCUCGGCCGGAUAGCAAGAAGACAGAGGACGAGCAGUCGACGACGCAAGCGGAUGGAGUAUGUCCACCAUUGCCUUCUCGAGCCGAUGCAGAGGCCGAGGAGGUCUCUGAGAGAAGACAACGACAGUCUUUGGAGACAUCUAAAUAUUCACAGGCAAACGGCACAGUCGAGACUGCAGACUGCAAUAACACAAAUUCGACCGAAGAAAAUACGAAAACUAGCCGCCCGGAGGAUCAGAAUCUUCAAGUUUCAGGAGAACAUACUUCAUUGAAGACUGUACAAGGCACAGAGAAUCGUCAAAGCCAAGUUAGUGCUGAAUCUGAGUGCCAGCGACACUCGCCGUCGCAUUCAAAACGAAAGAGUAAACGCAAAACGGAAAAGCCCAAACUGGACGCCAAAACAGUGAGACAUCUUCCGGAGCGGACAUCGAGGGUCGUCCAGACCUAUCGCACGAAUGAAUGGGCCAAGCAUCUAUGUGAUGCAGAAAUUCCCGAGCCAGAACCUAUCGAGCCUAUGCCAAAGGACGCAGCAGAAAGCCCUAUAGAGGCUGAAGAAGCUCCUGCUCCUGUCAAUGUCGAGGAGCUGUUGCAAACACCUCUCACUGCGCAACCACCAAUUGCUGCCAAUUUGCGUGCCAGCACCGGAAAAGAACUGCAGAGCGCAAAUGACAGUCAACAAAUUUGUAACGACUACAGGCUGCGCACAACAUCGGCUAUCAGUCCACAGAGAGUUGGAGAAGCUCAACCAGUGGACAGGUCUUCAGGAGUACCUUCCACAAUCGUCUUAUCGUCCACCACCCCUCUCCCAAGCCCGGUGUCCUACGGCACCGGCCGUCAUGCUUUCCCAGGCGCAUCCAGCCCACCUACCCCGACUGAACAACCUCAAGGGGACCCUGAGCUCCCCAAACCGAGGUGGAAAGGGCCGCCACCCCUGCUUGCAGUACGAGAGGAUAUGAUGCGGAGUCGGGUUUCGUCUACUUGUCUCAGCCUUGAUCCGUGGGCGUCGCGGAACAGCCCUAGGCAGUCUGUUUCAAUGGAUAGUUCGGCCCAGAGUUCCCCGACGACUUCAUUUCCGGAAUCAGGGGAUGACGUCCCCCUCUCUCGUCGCCGUGCAAUGCUACAUCAACAGAAAGUCCAGAGCCCGCAUAUAAGCAGGCCAGCCUCUGCCCCGAAAUGGAGUCAAUCGUGCGUAUCUCGGCCUGGAAAUGCUCAAGCGGUCAUGGCCGCGUGGAGAGAAUCUAUUCGGGAAAACUUGAAGGACAAACGCAAUCCCUUGGCGAAACAGAAUCUACCAAUCGGUGGGGCAGGCUUUGGCCCUCACACUUUGUUUCCUUUUGGAGCACCGGGGCGGAAUGCCUCCUCCCUGCAAGUCAAUCUCGACAGGGCAAUAGCCGACGGGAUGCAGCGUGGGGAUAUGAGUGGCUUGCAUCGGGAAGCCAUGCGACGCAUGCAAGCCAGAGCGAACCAAAGCAUGAAUGGGCGGUAA